AUGACGAUGGAACUCAGAAAACACCUGCAGACGUUCAAACACAAAGACAUAAAUCCUGUCAGGUUGGUGGGAGGAGCCAGUCGCUGUGCAGGAACACUGGAGCUGAAACAUCAGAGAGAGUGGAGACCAAUGAAAAACUCUGACUGGACCCUGAAGGCAGCAGCAGACUCUGUCAGGCUGCUGGACGGGACUAGUCUGUGCUCAGGCAGACUGGAGGUGAAGUCUAACCAGUAUAACCAGUCUAACCAGUCUAACCAGAGGUGGUCCUCAGUGUGUGAAGCUGACUUUGACCAGCAGGAUGCAGAGGUGGUCUGUAGGGAGCUCGGCUGUGGGGCUCCUUCAGUCCUCCAGGGGGCGCUCUAUGGAGAAGUGGAGGCUCCGAUGUGGACCAAAGAGUUCCAGUGUGGAGGCCAUGAGUCUGCUCUCCUGGACUGUAGAAGCUCAGGCUCAGCUAGAAACACCUGCUCACCUGGAAAAGCUGUUGGACUCACCUGCUCAGAGCCUGUCAGGUUGGUGGGAGGAGCCAGUCGCUGUUCAGGAACACUGGAGGUGAAACAUCAGGGAGACUGGAGACCAGUGAGUUACUAUGACUCUGACUGGAACCUGAAGACAGCAGAUGUUGCCUGUAGAGAGCUGGACUGUGGCUCUGCUGUUUCUGUAGGAGAGAGAAAGGAGUCCUCAUUCAGACCUGUGUUGAGGAUCAGGUCUCACUGUGUUCAGUCUGGAUCUGCUCUGAGGGAGUGUGUAACAUCAGAUUCCUCUUCCUCCUUCCUGAAUCUCACCUGCUCAGACUCUGUCAGGCUGCUGGACGGGACUAGUCUGUGCUCAGGCAGACUGGAGGUGAAGUCUAACCAGUCUAACCAGUCUAACCAGAGGUGGUCCUCAGUGUGUGAAGCUGACUUUGACCAGCAGGAUGCAGAGGUGGUCUGUAGGGAGCUCGGCUGUGGGGCUCCUUCAGUCCUCCAGGGGGCGCUCUAUGGAGAAGUGGAGGCUCCGAUGUGGACCAAAGAGUUCCAGUGUGGAGGCCAUGAGUCUGCUCUCCUGGACUGUAGAAGCUCAGGCUCAGCUAGAAACACCUGCUCACCUGGAAAAGCUGUUGGACUCACCUGCUCAGAGCCUGUCAGGUUGGUGGGAGGAGCCAGUCCCUGUUCAGGAACACUGGAGCUGAAAUAUCAGGGAGACUGGAGACCAGUGAGAUACCUCGACUGGAGCCUGAAGGAAACAGCUGUUGUCUGUAGAGAUCUGGGCUGUGACUCUGCUGUUUCUGAAAGAUGGAGAAAGAAGUCCUCAGACAGACCUGUGUGGUCGAUCAGGUCUGACUGUGUUCAGUCUGGAUCUGCUCUGAGGGAGUGUGUAACAUCAGAUUCCUCUUCCUCCAUCCUGGCUCUCACCUGCUUAAACUCUGUCAGGCUGCUGGACGGGACUAGUCUGUGCUCAGGCAGACUGGAGGUGAAGUCUAACCAGAGGUGGUCCUCAGUGUGUGAAGCUGACUUUGACCAGCAGGAUGCAGAGGUGGUCUGUAGGGAGCUUGGCUGUGGGGCUCCUUCAGUCCUCCAGGGGGCGCUCUAUGGAGAAGUGGAGGCUCCGAUGUGGACCAAAGAGUUCCAGUGUGGAGGCCAUGAGUCUGCUCUCCUGGACUGUAGAAGCUCAGGCUCAGCUAGAAACACCUGCUCACCUGGAAAAGCUGUUGGACUCACCUGCUCAGAGGCUGAUGAUGUCAGGUUGGUGGGAGGAGCCAGUCGCUGUGCAGGAACACUGGAGGUGAAACAGGGAGACUGGAGACCAGUGAGAUACUCUGACUGGACCCUGAAGGCGGCAGCUGUUGUCUGUAGAGAUCUGGGCUGUGGCUCUGCUGUUUCUGUAAGAGAGAGAAAGGAGUCCUCAGACAGACCUGUGUGGGAGAUCGGGUCUGACUGUGUUCAGUCUGGAUCUGCUCUGAGGGAGUGUGUAACAUCAUCUUCCUCUCCCUCCAUCCUGGAUCUCACCUGCUCAGACUCUGUCAGGCUGCUGGACGGGACUAGUCUGUGCUCAGGCAGACUGGAGGUGAAGUCUAACCAGUCUAACCAGUCUAACCAGUCUAACCAGUCUAACCAGAGGUGGUCCUCAGUGUGUGAAGCUGACUUUGACCAGCAGGAUGCAGAGGUGGUCUGUAGGGAGCUCGGCUGUGGGGCUCCUUCAGUCCUCCAGGGGGCGCUCUAUGGAGAAGUGGAGGCUCCGAUGUGGACCAAAGAGUUCCAGUGUGGAGGCCAUGAGUCUGCUCUCCUGGACUGUAGAAGCUCAGGCUCAGCUAGAAACACCUGCUCACCUGGAAAAGCUGUUGGACUCACCUGCUCAGAGCCUGUCAGGUUGGUGGGAGGAGCCAGUCGCUGUGCAGGAACACUGGAGCUGAAACAUCAGGGAGACUGGAGACCAGUGAGAUACUCUGACUGGACCCUGAAGGAAGCAGCUGGUGUCUGUAGAGAUCUGGGCUGUGGGUCUGCUGUUUCUGUAGGACAGAGAGAGGAGUCCUCAGUCAGACCUGUGUGGUGGAUCAGGUCUGACUGUGUUCAGUCUGGAUCUGCUCUGAGGGAGUGUGUAACAUCAACUUCCUCUGCCUUCAUCCUGGAUCUCACCUGCUCAGACUCUGUCAGGCUGCUGGACGGGACUAGUCUGUGCUCAGGCAGACUGGAGGUGAAGUCUAACCAGUCUAACCAGAGGUGGUCCUCAGUGUGUGAAGCUGACUUUGACCAGCAGGAUGCAGAGGUGGUCUGUAGGGAGCUCGGCUGUGGGGCUCCUUCAGUCCUCCAGGGGGCGCUCUAUGGAGAAGUGGAGGCUCCGAUGUGGACCAAAGAGUUCCAGUGUGGAGGCCAUGAGUCUGCUCUCCUGGACUGUAGAAGCUCAGGCUCAGCUAGAAACACCUGCUCACCUGGAAAAGCUGUUGGACUCACCUGCUCAGAGCCUGAUGAUGUCAGGUUGGUGGGAGGAGCCAGUCGCUGUGCAGGGACACUGGAGCUGAAACAUCAGGGAGAUUGUAGAAAAGUGAGUUCCUUUCUCUGGACCCUGAAGGCAGCAGAUGUUGUCUGUAGAGAUCUGGACUGUGGCUCUGCUGUUUCUGUAGGACGGAGAGAGGAGUCCUCAGACAGACCAGUGUGGUGGAUCAGGUCUGACUGUGUUCAGUCUGGAUCUGCUCUGAGGGAGUGUGUAACAUCAGAUUACUCUUCCACCAUCCUGGAUCUCACCUGCUCAGACCUGCUGCUUCAGCCCAACAUCUCUGCGUCCUCCUCCGUGGACGGGGUCUCCGAGGCCCAGCAGCAGGGCUUUCAGGUGUCCAGGGGCUCCACCUUAAACAUCAGCUGCUCCAUCCAGCCACAGUACCCAGGAGGCUCCUUCCAGCUCGCCUUCACCUCCUCCAUCAUAUCAACCAACUACACCCAGCCAGCUGUCAAUCACUCUGCCCACUUCCUGUUUCUUGCCGCAGAGCCCGCCCACCAAGGAAGCUACAGCUGUGUUUAUCACGUCCAUGUUUUUUCUCAUGACUUCUCCUCUGAGAGCCGUCGGCUGUCUCUCACUGUCUCAGAUCCAACAGGUCUUCUCAUCAUAUUGGUCGUCCGGCCGCUGACUCUGCUGCUGCUGUUGGUGUUGGUGAACGCUGCCCUUUAUUUCUACUAUAAGGCCAGCAGGGGGCAGAAGCCGGGCAGGCAGGAGGACAUUGAGCUGGAUUAUUAUAACCUGGGUGUUUGUGCAGUUUAAGGUGGGCCGACUGAAGAGGAAGGAGCUCAGGGAGCAGAGUAGGACCUCCAAGGAUCAUGUCAGCUCAGUCCAGGAUUUUACACUUUUAUACUGAUGUUCCCUUUAAACAAUCCGGCUGGAAUUAUUAGAUUACAUUGGAAACAUUUUAUUACUCUCAACAUGAAAAGAGCAAAACCAACAGCGUGUCAGUCUUUUCAGACUUCCUGUCUGUGGCUCUCAGCUCCAAGCCCAUUGGUUCCUCCUGAAGACGUCAAGCUUUAAAAAAAGCUUCCUCACAAAUAUGGAGUUUCAUAUUAAAACUAAGUAUCAGGGUCCAAACACCCGGCACAGUUCAGAACCAGAGCCACGCCGACCCAGGAGGCUGGUGUAGGCAGUGUGGAUGAACCUUACCUGGCAGCAGGAGGGGGAAGAGGGGAAAAUAAUCUUUAAGAUUCUCUACUCAAAGUGUCUUUAUUAAAAUAUAAAUCAGCAAAAAGGUUCAAGCAACAUAGCGUGGAAUGGAAUCCCCUCUUUCUUUUUCUGUCUUUUCCACCCUCAAAAUACCAAAAACUGAAACUUUGUUUUUUUAACAAUUUCAUAUUUGUGGAUACAGAAUAUUUUGUCAUGAAGGAAUUUUGCUUUUAGCCUCUUUUCUAAUCACGUUGAAUCCUUUAGUAAUUAAGGAAGUUGCUUAUUUCAUAUGAAUUUCUCUUUGCUUUUUACUUCACAUAUUUUUUACGCAUUUGCUGUGAAAUAUCCUCAUAACUAACCCAAUAAUCUGAAUAGAUAUAUGAAGCUUGAAUAAAAAAAAUAAAUGAAUAAAAAUGAGACUAGCCUAUCUAGUGCCUACCCCGAGUUGAGUGAUGUGUUCAGUUUCCUUGUCUGUUACCACUUCCUGUUUUGUUUCAGUUACUCAUCUUGUGUCUCGUCUCAGGUCUUCGUCUGCCUUCCUUCCAUGUGUGAUUAACUGUCCCCACCCUAAUGUGCUGCACCUGUGUCUCAUUGUCUCCCCUCCCUUUGUAUAUAUAAACCCACCUUCCCUUGAGGUUUCUUUCCAGCCUGAUUCCUUGUGUGAUUCCCGUCUAAUCAGUGAGUUUGACCGUAGCACUGUUUUUUGACCCCGACUCUCACCUUGUGUUCUGGAUACCUUUACCUGGACUUUUGUAUCAUCCUGCAAUAAAGUUAUUGCUCAUCUUA